UUUAGUCCGUUUCGUUUUAUUAUACAUUUUUACGAUAUUUUAUUUUUUGAAAUCAAAUCAAUUUGUAUAUAAAAUUUAUACAUCGUAUGGGGUGCGACGGAAAUCCUGUUAUAUAUGGAUGAUUUCCUGUUAAAUAAAUCAAGAUAUUUAAACCAACUUUUUCUGUUCAAGGCUUCUUUUAGUCCAAAAACGAAACCUAGAACAGAAGUAAUUUGUUUCAAGGUAUUGACUUUCUAAAUUAGGAAUCACUAGAUAUUCACAUUUUCUGUAGCAUCCUGUAUAACUAUAUAUGUUUAUAAAUAUUGAUAAUUUUAUUUUUAUAAAUUGUUAAAUAACUUGUUAAUAACUGUAAAAAUCAUUUAUUGUUAUUGUAGUACUUUCUCUUCAGAUUGGUGCAAUUGACCAUGUAUUUAUAUACACAGCAAAUGACGAUUAUUAUAACAGUAUGUAAUUUAUUAACGAAGUUUGUUGAUAUUUAUUGAAGUAAUAAAAACAUUGAAUAAAUAACAUGCAUGUAUUGUGUGUCAUAUUUUAACUGUACCAACAGUGUUAAAGUUAUUUUAAAUUAAUAUUUCUAUGAAUUCCAAUACAGUGUGGUUUUGAUUAUGACAGUGUACUUCUGUGAGUUUAGUGUGUCACUAAGUUGUGAUACAGAAAAAUAAUCUUCAAGAAAAGACUGAAACUAUCAAUUCAUUAACAGUGUAUGUUGAAGAAACUCAAAGUCAGUAUAAUGAAUGCUUUUCAGAGGUAUGUUACAAACUGCUUUGAUCACCAUUACUAAUCAAAAAAUACCAUUUAUAAAUUAUGUAUUUUAUGCUAUAUUUACUAAUAGAAUUAUUAAUGACAAUUUUUCUGUUUAUAAAGGCUGCUAAGCAAGAUGCUUUAUUGGAUUUACAAAGAGAUGAAAUUCGUAAUCUACAACAAAAAAUUAAUUCUACAGAAAUGGAUAAUUAUCUGACAAGUAUCUCCAUUCAUAUUAAAUAUUAUACACUUUUAAAAACAAUACAGGAACACCUGGAAUGUUGUGUAAGUGACGUGCAAAUUUUAAAGGACAAGCUUGAUGUUUUAGUACAAUCAAAAUGUUGUUUGGAAAGUAAAUAUAUGCACAUGAAAAAGCUAUGGCAUGAGGCAGAAGAAAAAUUAAAAGAAUUUAAAAAAGAAAUAUUGGCACCAGAGCAAGCAAUUAAGUUUACUAAAGAUAAAGAAUGUCAAUGUAAAGUUGAAGUAGUGGAUAAAGAAUGUGUAACCAAAAAUACGUCUCAGUUUUAUGGUCUUAAAUGUAAUAGUAAGGAAUCUUAUGAGCAUGAAUUACAAUCAGAGAUCAAUAUUCUAAUAAGGGAAAAUGAAGAUAUGAAAAAGCAAUUGCAGAAGUAUAAAUUAGAUUUUGACAUAAUUGAUAAGGAACUGAAGAUAGAAAGAGAAAAUGAUAUGUACACUCAGCAAAUUUUAUUCGAGUUACAAAAGUUAAGAGAUACAGGGUGUUGUUUGCAAUAUGAAAAUGAACAACUUAAAACAGAUUUAAAAAAACAAACAAACAAAACGGAAGAUUUAUUAGAAAAAUUACAAUAUAUUAAAGAAAAUGAUGUGAAAUUUGAGAAAUUAUUGAAAAAAUUAGAUGAUAAGCAACUGCAGAUUAACAAUUUAUAUAGUCAAAUUAUGAAUAAUGAAAUUACCAUAAAAAGGCAAACGGAAACCAUCGAAGAAUUGAAAAAGAAAUUAAAUGUCAAAAAUCAAGAAAUUGAAGCAUACACAUCUGAAUUAAAUGAAAUGGACGAAGUAAUGUCAGCCUUACAUAAACAAAUACAAUCGUUAAAGAACAUGUUAAAUGAAAAAUCAAAUGAAUUAGUAAAAUUACAAGCUGACAAUAAAAUGUUAAAGAACGACAAUUCUAUAUUAAGAAUGGAAAAUAAUUCUACUGAAAAUAAAUCAAAAGAAGAUAUUCAUCAAUUGCAAAUGAUGUUAAACAACUUACAAGUGCAAUUACGUAUCGCUGAAAAAAAUUAUCAUCAUGUAUCAGAAGAUUAUAAUAAAGCACAAGAGCAAUUAAUUAAAGUAACAAAACGUGAAGCUGAUUUACAAGAAUGUUUGACAAACAUGGAAAAAGAUUAUUGCUUGAAGCUGUCAAAUAUUGAAACAGAGAAAGCUAAACUUGGAGACUGCUUAGAUAAACUAAGGGAUGAACUAGAAGAAAUUCAAAGAAAUUAUUCAUCAAAAAGUGGAGAGCACUGUAAAUUACAAGAUAUUUGCAAGUCUUAUGCAGAACAAUUAGAUAUUUUACAACAGCAGCUUGAUAAGGAACAAGAAAAGGUUAAGAAAAUAGAAGAAACAAAUUGCUGUAUGGCGCAACAGUUACAAGAAUGCAGAGAACAGAAUUGUAUUCUUGUUAAAGAAAAAGCUACAGUAGAACAAAAUAAUUGCAAAAUCAUUUCCGAACUACAGGAGACUCAUAAAUCUUUAUUGGAACUGAAAAGAGAAUGUCAACUAAAAAAUAAAUCUUUAGCUUGUAUAUCUGCAGAACUAACAGAAACAGCCAUAAGUAGAUCAGAACUAUGUAAUCAAUCACAAUAUGUUGUUUCUUGUAUUCGGGUUUGGAUGGAGGAGCAACGAGAGUAUGUAAACAAGCUUAAUUCGACAUUGAAAUCUCAGCAACAAGAGGUAUUACAACUUGAAUUUGAGAAAAAGGGAUUGUUAGAAGAAGCAAAAAAGUUGAGACGAAUUAAUCAUUUACUAACACAAAAAUUGAAAAGAAUACAUAGACAUGGUAGCAAAAAUGUUAAGAAUGUCUGCGUAGAGUGCCAGAUAUUGCCACCAACUGUUGAUAUACAUCUCCCAAUGUAUUCUAAAUAUUCAUCCUCACAAAAGAAACUAAGUCUUACAAAAACAGCCCGCCGUAUAUCGGCAGGUGGAAAUACUUCGUGGCAUCCUAAAAUGAAAUAUUUAGUAAAUGAGCUUAGAAAAAGCAAGCUAGAAUAUAAUGAAAAUUGCUAUAACAGAGUGAAUACUAAUGUAGGAUUAGAAGAAAGUCGGGACUGUGGUUACCAAUCAUCUACUAGUAAAUGAAAAUGUCAUAGAACAUGAUUGUUGACAAAAAUUAUUAUUUUUUAUAAUGAAAGUUCUGACAACUUAGUCAAUAAUUCAUCAGAAUUUUCUGCAUAUUAUUCUCCAUCGUGUAAUCCCUUUUUGAUACUUAUAUGAAUGAAGCGAUUUUAGAGUAUAAAUAAAUAUAUAUAUAUAUAUACAUAACAUAUGUAUUGAAAAGAUAAUUAGCUUGUCAGGAUAAAUUUUAUUCGUUAUUUUGAACUGAACUUGUCAAAUUACCCAAGUUCAUAAAAAAAUAAUAACGUGGAUGACAUAAAAUAUGAAAUAG